CAGUGGGCUAUGGAGGCAAUGAAUGUGGUAAAAGCUAGAUUUUGACCUACAAAAAAUGAAAAUUAGGGUCGUGUAAACUCAAAUUCAAGGAAAAAAACAAGGAAAACCAACAACAAAAACGAAAAAAAAAAAAAAAAACUCACAGUCACGGGCAGCAACUUGCAAAAGGCACAAAUCAAAAGGUGAUGGAGGCGUGGUGGCUUAGAGGUGAUGGAUCUGGACCAAAAAGGCAUGGAUCUACAAGGAAAUAUGCAAAUGCCGACUGUAAAUCCAAGGAUCGACCAGGAGAGGGGCCAACUCACCAUUACCAUCACUGGUGUGGAGAUUCCAACAACAAGGGCCUCGACGAUAAGAAGCAACAACAGCGACAACAAGAACAACGCCAGAGAACAAACCAGAUUGCUGUAAAGGAAGAAAAAGAAAUGGGGAACAAAGGGCAAUGAGGGGGUUAUCAAUGAGUAUAUUCGAUAGCAAUGCUGUCGAAUAUACAAAGGAAACGUCGUCAUUUCCUCACAUAAUCAAUAUUAAUGCUGUUG